GGGUGUGGAACGACAUGAGGUGAGUGAUUAAUGAUAUAAUUUACAUUUUUGGGUGAACUAACCCUUUAAUGGUAGAUAACACUGGUUGAAACGGUAUAUUUUUGUAAGAAUAGGCUGCAUCACAUUUAGCAGUUUAGUAAAACUUCCCAGCCAGUAAUUUUAAAACAUUCAUUCAGUUAUCCGGUCUUUAACAAUGUUCUCAAAAUGUUAGCAUUAUUUACGUCUUUUGUUUUACCUUAAAUGUUCAGUUGAAUGUUUACCUAACGUUUUUUUUUUUUUAUGUUACUUGUUUCAGAGUGUUAACAUUUAAAAGUAGGCUAACGUUCCCAUAAUGUUUACAAAAUGAUAAAAUUUAAAAAACAACGUUUUGAACGUUAUAUACAGAAAUAACGGUGUUAUAACUUAAUGGGAAUGUUAGCGAAACGUUCCUAGAACAUAUUCUUUUUGGCUUGGUUUAAUACAGGCUACUAGCAACAUUAAACCAACAGCAAAAUUAUAAAUUAUGACUGACUUAAGAUACACAACUCCUACUCAAACAAUGUUUACACAGCAGAAAUGAGCAAAUCCAGGGUGGUUUUCACCAGUCCGGGUCAUAUUUCAUGUUAAUUUCGCCAUGGCUUUAGUUUCACUUCCUAGUUCAUAUGGAAGGUGGAACUAAGUAAACAACAUUCAGUUCAGUCCAUUUAACCUCGCUAAGUUUCUGUAGUUAGUACAGAUAACCUUUUUCAUUUUCCGUUUUCUUUUGAGUGAGGACGUUGAGGUGGCUAAACUUUCUUGAAAACAACACAGCGUCAUUUUAAAUCUCAUCUGUCUUCUUGAAUCUGAGAGGAUUUCGUUUGACUCGUGCUGAUUUUGUUCAGACACCGAUAAUGGCGCGACUUCUGCGGGAGCAGUGUGGUUACCCCCUGCCCGCAUGUCUGUGAGGAGACUGAUUUAGAUUAUUAUGAGGGUUGACUAACCAGCUACAGUGUCCUAAUGUAAAAUGGGGUCUUACAAGAAGGAGGGGUCUUACUUGAAGCUGCUCACCUCACACCGCGAGCUGCUGGUGGAGCAGGUGAAGAACACACAGUGUAUUCUGGACAAUCUCCAGAUGAAUGGCUUCAUCUGCACUGAAGACAUCGAGAUUAUACAGCGCAGCACCACCAAAACUGACCAGGUACGCAAAAUUUUGGAGCUGGUUCAGAGUAAAGGAGAGGACUGCUCAGCAUAUUUCACACACAUUCUUCAUGAAGCAUACGAUGCUUACAUUGAUCUGCGGCCUUGGUUUGAUGAAAUUCAGUACACACCAUUAGACACUAUUAGUGCCAUACCAGUGAUUAACACAGACCCGAUUAGCAAGUACUGUGAGAAGCUCAGAUGUGAGCUGGGAAGGGACACUCAGUUCAUCACGUCCUACUCUAAAAGUGAGGAGACGCCGCUGGAGGAUCUUUACAUGGACACACAGAUGGAGAUCCUGAACGACAGAGGUGAGAGCUUGGGAUACUUACAAAGUCUGGAUGAACUACUAGGAGACCAGGGAGUCUUCAACCAGCAGGCUGAGACGAUCUUCAUCACCGGUGACGCUGGCGUAGGCAAAUCAAUCGUCCUUCAGAAACUGCAGAACUUGUGGUCCCGAAGGGAGCUGAAGACUCGUGCGAAGUUCUUCUUCAAGUUCAGAUGCAGGAUGUUCAGUGCCUUCAAGGAGACGGAUGAGAUCUCACUGAAGGAUCUGAUCUUCAAACACAAUUGCUAUCCAGACGGAGACCUUGAUAAUGAGGUUUUCACCUACAUCUUGCGAUUCCCAGAGACGGUGCUUUUCACCUUUGAUGGAUAUGACGAAAUCCAAAUGGAUUCUGACUUGGAUAAUGUGCCUGAAGUGGUUUCUCCAGAAGAAAAGACUCGGCCGCUUCUGCUUCUCAUGAAUUUGCUUUGCGGAAAAUUGCUCAAAGGUUCUCGGAAGAUUCUAUCUGCACGGAGUGGCACCGAGAUCCAAAGCAGAGUGAUCCGGAAGAAGGUGUGUUUGAAGGGAUUUUCACCUGAACACCUGAAGAGAUAUACAGCUCUCCAUUUCCCAGAGAAGGAACACAGGACAUUGGUGACGGAUCAGUUAGACGCCAACCCUCACCUCUGCGGUCUUUGCUCCAUCCCAUUGUUCAGCUGGAUCAUCCUCAAGAGCUUCAAGCAUCUUCAUUCGGUAUACGAUAACUUCGAAUUGCCAGACUCUUGCAUUACGCUCACAAAUGUCUUCUUGCUCCUUUCUGAGGUCUUUCUUGGCCACUCAACUGCACGGCCUGGUCUUUUAAAACGGAGCACGAGAUGUCCCACAGAAACCUUUAAAGCUGGUGAGCAGAAGCUUUCGGCCUUUGCUCGACUAGCCUUACAGGGUAUAGAAAGGGGUGGACUUGUCUUCAGUAUGGAGGAAGUGAAAUCCUGUGAAUUGGAUGACGAAGAUCUUCAGUUUGGCUUUCUGAGGCCUCUUCUCAUUACGAUGCAUGUGAAGGGCUCUGCUACCUUUGAGUUCCUCCACGAGACCCUCCAAGCCUUCUUAGCAGCUUUUUCUCUGGUGCUGGACUCAAAAAUCUCUCCUGAAUCCAUUCUAAAGUUCUUCUCCAAAUGUGAAUACAAGAAGUCAUCUCAUCUCUCCUGCUUACCUUGUCUGGUAAAGUCAAGACCCAGAGAUAAAGACCCUUUCCAGACCAAUUUCCAAUUCACCAACUUAUUUUUAUGUGGUCUCUUGUCCAAACCCAAUGCAGCACUCCUAGAGCAUCUCGUUCCACCAGUAUCAUUGAAACAAAAGCGCAAGACGCUCAAGUCCUACCUGUCCAACAGUGUGCGGACUCAUCUUAAGGGCCUCCCUCGUUAUCCAUCCACAGACAUUGACGGAGACAAGGUGCACGCGAUGCCAAAUUUCUUGUGGAUGUUGCGAUGCAUAUUUGAGACGAACAGCGAGGAUGUGGCCAAGAUGACGGCCAACAGCAUAUCGGCAGAUUACAUUAAGAUUGCCUUCUGUAACAUUUACUCGGCCGACUGCAGCGCGUUGAACUUUGUCCUCCACCACCGUAGGAAGCACCUGGGAGUCGACAUGGACAACAAUAACAUCAAUGAUUAUGGCGUGAAGCAGCUGAGACCCUCUUUCAGCAAAAUGACAGUUGUAAGAUUUUGUGUGAAUCAGCUCACAGACAGCAGUAUUGAGGUUCUGGCAGAGGAACUCAUCAGACACAAAAUCAUUAAGGUCUUGGGCCUUUACAAAAACCACAUCACAGAUGUUGGAGCCAAACUAGUAGCAAAGAUCAUUGAAGAAUGUCCACACUUAACAACUGUCAAGCUCGGCUGCAACAACAUCACAGGUGUGGGUGGGAAAUACCUUGCCAGUGCAAUUUGCAAGAGCAAAUCUAUCUUUGACAUAGGAAUGUGGGGUAACUCCAUCGGUGACGAGGGGGCAGAUGCGUUUGCAGAGGCUCUGAAGAAUCACCCCAGCCUGACCAACCUCAGUCUCUCCGCCAAUGGCAUUACUUCUCAUGGUGGAAGAAGUCUGGCAAAAGCGCUGAAGCAAAACACGAGCCUUCACAUCUUCUGGCUGAUACAGAACAAAAUCUCUGACGAUGCAGCAUCAGACAUGGCCGAUGCCUUCAAGUCCAACUCUGCUCUGACGCAUCUGAUGCUAAUACAAAACGAGUUUACCAUUAAUGGAGCCAAACAGCUGUCUGAAGGCUUGACAAACAACACUACACUGAAGGAAGUCAAUAUUAAAGGAAACUGUGUCUCUGAAGAAGAAGAACAACUCUUUGAGGGCGACAAGAGGCUUCGCUUCCACUAAGAAGGAAAAGUAAAACGUGAUUUGAGAAAAGACUGAGAAAAUAAGGAAGUUGGCGUAAUGCCACAGACACUGGUUUACGCCAAUAAUAAAAGCACCAUCGGCUGCAAGGACAUGCAGGUUUAUUACAGUUGCUCUGUCCUGAGUGUCAUACUAAAGCCAGAACUAAAGAACUGUGAUAUAUAGAUGAAAAUAAUGUCACUUUAUAUAUACAUUUAUGUAUUUGCUCUGAAAUUAGUGACACUUGUACACUUAUAAUGCUGCUUUUUUUUCAGUUUGAGAAAUCUUUAGUCAGUGUAGUCAAUUAAAUGAUUAAUAACCUGAGAAAUAUGUAAAAAUAUCACAGCUCUAAUUCACCCAUGCACACAGAAAGACAUCCAGACAAGUAUUUAAAGAUCUGUGCUUCAAAGAGUUUGCUUUUUUUUUUUUUUAAUUUCAUUAUCUCUGUACAUAGUUUUUUUUUUACAUAUGGAAUGUUACAAUAUCUCUAAAUCAUUAAAAAAAACCUUUAUGAUCA